AUUUUAUUCAGAUUCAGUUACCAGCACUGACAUUCGGCUUCGCAUAGUGUUUUGUUUACGUAUUGAAAUGUGGGGUGGUGUGAGAGUUAUCAGGAGGAUAUGAGUAACAUGUUAGAUAAUUUUAUAUGAAAUUGGUCGAUGGAAUUUAGAAGGCUUAAAUGACCCCUUUUAAUAAAUGGGGCUUUUAGUCCAUUUGUGUCGAUACUGUGACUAAUCUAAAGAGAUCAUCUUCCGGUAACCUAUGAAGAGCCAGCCUAUGGAUAACUUGGUAUAUUUGGAAUAUGCCGUUGCUGGCAUUAUACGAUAUUGGUUAAUCAAUUCUGAUUAUAAACAGACCAUUGGAGAUCGUGUCGAGAUUUCGACGUCUUUAAAUUCAUGGAGAAAGGUAACUGAAGGUGCUUAUUUAUAUAGCGAAGGAAUAAAUCCAUAUGUGGGUGACAAUUUCCAUGAAACGCCAUUGGGACUUAUUGUAUUUAACAAACUGAUAAGUCAUAUACCACAGUGGAUAGGGAUCAUCUUCAUUGUUUGUGAUUUGGUUACUGCACAUGUGUUGUACCGUACAGCACAAACUUUCAUGAGUGAGCUGUUUUCAAGACAAAUGAGGAAAAAAGAAAAAUAUGCCAAAGGCACAGAAACACUUCUUCUGAAACAGUCAGAUCUUGUGUUACCACCAGUUUAUGUAGCAUCUGCAUAUCUCUUUAACCCAUAUAUCAUAUUCAGCUGUGUUGGUCAGACCACAACAGUAUUUGCUAAUCUUUGCCUUGCAUUUACAUUUUUAUUAAUGAUAAAAGGUCAGAGAAUUGCUUGCUGCAGUGUAUUAGCACUUGCAACAUUGCAGUCCUUGUAUCCAGCUACACUGCUUGUACCAGCAUCAAUUUAUCUUGCCCGAGCAGAGAGUAGUAGUUCACUAGAAGAUAAACAAUCUCUACGAGCUAGUUCCUGCAUUCUCACUGUUGUUACAUUUAUAUCAGCUUUACUGUUGUUGCUGUAUAUAUCAUCAGAGUUGACUGGUGGCUGGGAAUUUCUUCAUGCAACCUACGGAUUCAUUUUAAAUGUUCCAGACUUACGACCUAAUGUGGGCUUGUUCUGGUAUUUCUUCACGGAGAUGUUCGAGAACUUCCGUCUUCUCUUUAUAUGUGUAUUCCAGAUCAAUGCUACUCUGUUAUAUUUAGUUCCUCUCACUUUCCGCCUUCAUGAUGAACCCAUGCUGCUAGCUGCAAGUCUGACGGCCCUCAUGGCAGUAUUCAAGUCAUAUCCUAGUCUUGGAGAUGUGGGCUUCUACCUUGCUCUCCUUCCCAUGUGGAAACACCUAUUCAAUUUUAUGCAGCAAGGAUUUGUUGUUGGCUGUUCCUUCCUCAUUACAUCUGCGAUGGGUCCUAUUGUAUGGCAUCUCUGGAUUUAUUCACGAUCUGCAAAUGCAAACUUUUACUUUGGGGUUACACUCGCAUUUGCAACUGCUCAAAUCUUCCUUGUGACAGAUAUUCUGCUUGCAUAUAUUAACCGAGAAUUUUCACUUUACCAUGGUCUGCAUCAUAAGGGUAGUGGGAAGACAACCAAAUUAGUGUUAGAGUGAAGACAGAAUAGGAAUGCAAUACUGUACACAUAUCUUCCCGUGAAGUGGUAUGAAGCUGAAGAACUAUACAUUAUGUGGACCACAUCAUGCAGUAGUUAGUCAAAUUAUGCACUUUACAAGGUACCAGUCAUUCCACAGUUUUGCAUUUCUUAAGAACCUAACACAGGCUUCUUAAGAAGAGUAUAGACUUAUAUUUUAAAUUUGUAAACAGCAAAGAUGUGAAGUUGGACUUUUACAUGACUACUUAAUAAAUAAUAUAUUGCUUCAAG